AUGUUUCCAAAUAUGAGUAUGCGACGUAAUUUAUCUUGGGAGAGAUGGCGAGCUAGUGGUUUAAUAUUUGGCUCAUUGCUCAUCUUAUUUGGUCUAUUAAUACAAGUUCUCGAAUUUCCUCGCAUUUACCGUGGUCCGACAAAUCUUGGUUCGACUAAUUUCAAUUCAAAUGAAGAACUAUUAUACAGUUUUUCGUCUUAUUAUAAUCAUUGGUGGCCAUGGACAUAUGCAGCAACGGCAUUUGGCAUCCUCACAUUUCUUACUGGUGUUUCUGGUAUUAUUUCAGGUUUAAGACGCACUUACACAUCUAUCUAUGUCUUUUUUACAAUGAGUUUAUUAUCAUUACUCUUUUCUAUAUAUUUAAUUGUCUACUUUGCGAUUAUUAUUGGAUUUUAUCGUUUCACAGGCAAAAAUAAUUCAGCAAAACGUCCAGAUUCAGAAGAUGUUUCAUUUGGUCUGGCUGGUGCACAAUUAGCAGUUAGUUGUAUCAAUUUUAUAAUUAGUUUAUUAGCGGCUAUUGUUAGUGGACGAGCAAUAGCAUUAUGUACACCAAAAGGUGUUAUGUAUGAUAAAAUUAAAGUUGACCCUCCGCCUCCUCCACCCGCUUAUACACCAUUUGCAGAAAGACGUUUUCCAUGA